AUUUAAUAACCAUGAACCAUUAACGUAGCGAUACUCACAUAGAACUCUUGUGAUUUCAUUUAGUUUGUGUAAUGGCUUCCAAAUUUGCAACUGCUUUUUUGGUUUUUCUGGCCGUUAUUGAACUAUGCACCGCGGGGGGUGGUGGAGGAGGGGGAGAUAAAAAAGUAAUAAUCCACGUUCCAUUCAAAGUAAAGACAGUGCACCAUACUCACACCGUGGUAAAGCACGUCGACCAUGGUGGCGGUGACAAGGAAUUCUACAAAGUGAUCGGAUAUAGCGGUGGAAUCGACGAUGGUCAUGAAGUUGAAGCGCACGGUGGAGGUGGAGGUGGAGGCGGAGGUGGUCACGAUUGGGGUAGUUUUGGAGGAGGUUUCGGAGGUGGACACGCCGAAUCAUUGGAAUCGUCGUCAGGUCAAGAAACUGGAGAUAUUGGCAGUCACACUAGCGGAGGUGGAAUAGAAGCUAGUGCAGGUUAUAGUGAAGGUUUCGAAGGAGGUCAUGGAGGACUUGAACAAGCCGCCUCAGCGGGUGGAGGUGAUAUGGGGGGCGGUGAUUAUGGUGGUGGCUACGCUGUAGCUCAGGGUGAGGAAUUCGGUAGCCAAGGUGACGAAGGUUAUGGAGGAGAACAAGGAGGUUAUCAGUGAUGACGAUGAGUUGACUUCAUAACUUGUAUAUAAUUAAUUAUAUUAU